AUGGCGGGGGAGCAGGAGAUGCUGACGACGGAGAUCGUGAACAGGGGAGUGGAGGCGGGGUCGCCGACGUUCUCGGUGAGGGUAAGGAGGAGGCUGCCGGACUUUCUGCAGUCGGUGAACCUUAAGUAUGUGAAGCUGGGAUACCACUACUUGAUAAACCACGCGGUAUACCUGGCGACGUUCCCGGUGCUGGUACUGGUCUUCAGCGCGGAGGUGGGAAGCCUUGGGAGGAAGGAGAUAUGGCGGAAGGUGUGGGGGGAGGCCAGCUAUGACCUCGCUACCGUGCUUACCUUCUUCGGCGUCCUCGUCUUCACCGUUUCUGUCUACUUUCUCUCCCGCCCAAAGCCCAUCUACCUCAUGGACUUUGCCUGCUACCGUCCCCCCGACGACCUAAAGGUACCUCCGUCACUUACCACUCUCAUUCCCAUCCUCCAUAUACAUCAUAUGCUCUCUCUCUCUCUCUCUCUCUCUCUCUCUCUCUCUCUCUCUCUCUCUCUCUCCCUCCCUCCCUCCCUCUCUCUCUCUCUCUCUCUCUCCCUCCCUCCCUCCCUCCUUCCCUCUCUCUCUCUCUCUCCCUCCCUGUCUCUCUCUCUAUAUCUCGCUCUCUCGCUGUCUCUAUUCCUCAAACUCAUCACGUAGCUCUUCUCCAGAUUCAUAUUAUUUUAGGAAGGAUAAUAGGGGUACAAAUUUGUAUGUAUACAUCUGCAUAUAUUCCUAGGUAGAUAGGUGGAGCGAUAGAAAAAUAUAUAUAACUCCUUUUCCUAGGAAUGAAGAAAAAAAAAUCCAAUUUUCUUUCUUUUGUCCUAUUGGAAAAUUGAUUCAUGUAGCAAUAAAAAUAAUCACAGCGAGAGAGAGAGAGAGAGAGAGAGAGAGAGAGAGAGAGAGAGAGAGAGAGAGAUUCGGUGCACAUUUAAGAGCAGCGUUUAUGGUGCAUGUGUACGCAUUUACCCUUGUAGGCCCGGAGAAAUGACGGCCAUUGGGAGGAAUUGAAUAGGAUUUAUGGUCAUCCCUCUUGCUUCUCUCUGGGGGACACAUUCUCCAUAAACUUAAGUCUAUUAAUCAGGAUCUUACGAAGUUCUAAGAUCUCUCAGCUUCUCUCUGGGGGACACAUUCUCCAUAAACUUAAGUCUAUUAAUCAGGAUCUUACGAAGUUCUAAGAUCUCUCAUCUUCGCUUGCAUAUGUUUAUCCUAAUGGCGGCGGCGCUCAGGUAUCCAAGGAGGAGUUCAUCGAGCUGGCAAGGAAGUCGGGCAAAUUCGACGAGGACAGCCUUGCCUUCCAGAGCAGGAUCCUCAAGUCCUCAGGCAUCGGCGACGAGACCUACAUCCCCAAGGCGGUGAUGGCGCCGGAGAACUGCGCCACCAUGAAAGAGGGCCGAGCGGAGGCGGCGCAAGUCGUCUUCGGCGCCCUGGACGAGCUCUUUGAGAAGUGCCGCAUCCGCCCCAAGGACGUGGGCAUCCUGGUGGUCAACUGCAGCCUGUUCAACCCCACACCGUCGCUGUCCGCCAUGGUGGUCAACCACUACAAGAUGAGGGGGAACAUCCUCAGCUACAACCUCGGCGGGAUGGGUUGCAGCGCCGGUGUCAUCGCCCUCGACCUGGCCAGGGACAUGCUCCAGGCCAACCCCAACAGCUACGCCGUGGUGGUUAGCACGGAGAUGGUGACCUUCAACUGGUACACUGGCCGGGACCGCUCCAUGCUCAUCCCCAACUGCUUUUUCCGCAUGGGCGGCUCAGCCGUGCUCCUCUCCAAUCGCCGCCGUGACUUCGGCUGGGCCAAGUACCGCCUCGAGCACAUCGUCCGCACCCACAAGGGCAGCGACGACCGCAGCUUCCGGUGCAGUCCAUCUCCAUCCUCUCCUCUUCUCACAAGUCUAGCAAAUUAGGGUUUUGCUGGGUCGAGGAUUCUGAAACCCUGUCUCCGUUUUGGUGCAGAUCCGUGCACCAGGAAGAGGAUGAGCAGAGGAUCAAGGGGCUGUCCGUCAGCCGCGACGUGAUGGAGGUGGGGGGGAGGGCCCUCGAGGCCAACAUCACCACCCUCGGCCCCCUCGUCCUCCCCUUCUCGGAGCAGCUCCUCUUCUUCGGCGCGCUGGUGUGGCGUUACCUCUUCGGCGGCACCGCCGCCAAGACCAGGCCCUACAUCCCCGACUACAAGCUGGCCUUCGAUCACUUCUGCAUCCACCCGGCGGGCAAGGUGGUGCUGAACGAGCUGCAGAGGAACCUUGAGCUUAGCGGCGACAACAUGGAGGCCUCUCGAAUGACCCUCCACCGCUUCGGCAACACUUCCAGCAGCAGCAUCUGGUACGAGCUCGCCUACCUCGAGGCCAAGGGAAAGAUCCGCCGUGGAGACCGCGUCUGGCAGCUGGCCUUCGGCUCCGGUUUCAAGUGCAACAGCUCCGUCUGGAGGGCCAUGCGCCGGGUCCGACGCCCGGCAAGGAACCCCUGGCUGGACACCAUCGACCAGUACCCCGUGCCUCUGUGA